AUGAGUAAUAUUUCAAUAAAUUACAGUUGCAACUCUCAGUCUUGUUUACAAACAGAUCUUCAAAGGGACUCAGCUUUUAAUAUAUUAUUUGUAAACAACAUAAAUUUCCAUCGUCAAAAUGUCUUAUGCGUUUCUUUUUAAAUAUAUUAUCAUUGGUGAUACAGGAGUUGGUAAAUCAUGUUUGCUCUUACAGUUUACUGAUAAAAGAUUUCAACCAGUACAUGAUCUAACAAUUGGUGUUGAGUUUGGUGCUCGUAUGAUACCUAUUGAUGGUAAACAAAUUAAAUUACAAAUAUGGGAUACUGCAGGCCAGGAAGCAUUCAGGUCUAUCACUCGUUCCUAUUACAGAGGUGCUGCUGGAGCAUUAUUGGUCUAUGAUAUCACUCGACGUGAUACUUUCAACCAUUUGACUACAUGGCUUGAAGAUGCUCGUCAACAUUCCAAUUCUAACAUGGUGAUAAUGCUAAUUGGUAAUAAAAGUGAUCUUGAAUCACGACGUGAAGUGAAAAAGGAAGAAGGUGAAAACUUCGCUCGAGAACAUGGUCUUAUAUUCAUGGAAACAUCGGCCAAAACUGCGACCAACGUAGAGGAAGCUUUCAUCAAUACUGCGAAGGAAAUCUACGAAAAAAUCCAAGAGGGUGUUUUUGACAUCAAUAACGAGUCUAACGGAAUCAAAGUCGGACCCCAACACUCACCAUCAAAUUCCAGUGUACCCUUAAGUGGAAACAAUUCCAAUUCAAGUGGAAACUGUUGUUGAAGACGUUAAAGCUAACUUCUAAUCAUUUCCAUUUUUGUCUCCUUUCUCUUAAAUAACGCAUCUUAUUGGUUUUGAUGAACUUAAUUAUACAUUGUCUUGCGGCUAAUUUUUUUUUCUUUUUGGAAAUAUUCAAAAUUCUAAACCCAAUUGUGAUUGUCAAUCUUCGAAAGGUACUCCCAUAAGUAGCUUGUCAUUUCAUGUUUUUAUCAACUCCACUCGAUGAUUAAAUUGUUUCUAUUCACAAUUGAAA